AUGGAUAAAUCCAGUGGGAUAGAAAAGACAAAGGAAUCUUUGAAUAGUGGUAAAGCUGGACUGGCACAUCCAUCAGUAGGUGCUGAAAAUAUAGUUCUAGUUUGGUUGGAUACGGCAAUCGAUGAGAAGAGUGUUGAUUAUGGCAACACCAUGAAACAAUUCAAGUGUAUAGCUGAUGAUGUGAAAACGUUCACUAAAGAUGAACCGUGUAUUCAAUUUAUGCAAAAUGCUACGAAUAGUAGGAUCUGUCUGAUCACAUCCGAUUCGUUUGGUCAACGAAUUUUACCUUAUAUUCAUGGUAUGUCUCAAUUGAAUACAAUUUUAAUAUUCAGUCACAACAAACAAUUGUACGAGGAAUGGACGAGGAAAUAUGCGAAAUUUAAGGGUGUUUUUUCCGAAUUGUCAUCCAUAUGUGAAGCAUUACAAGCUGCAGUUCAACAGUGCGGACAGUAUUUAAUACCGAUUAGUAUAUUCAAUGAAGACGUUGCUGUUGGACCAGACACAAUUUUCAAUCGAAUAGAUUCGUCUUUCAUUCACAUUCAAGUACUUAAAGAAGUGUUAUCAACCAUUGACUUCGGUGAACUUCAUCUGCAAGAAUUCGUUAACCAUUGCCUUGAUUUAUAUGCUGAAAAUACCGAUGAGCUAGAAAACGUCAAUCAAUUUCACCGAGAUUAUUAUAGUAAACGAGCAAUAUGGUGGUAUACUCAGGAAUCGUUCCUAUAUAGAAUGCUUCAUCGUGCACUGCGAUCAUUGGAUGCAAGUACGAUUGUUCGUUUGGGUUUUUUCAUCGAUGAUUUGUCCCGUGAUAUUCAACGUUUACAUUCCGAACAAUCAGAGAAUCCAGAUUCUGAUCAAAAGACCAUUAUUCUGUACCGUGGACACGGCCUCUCGAUCGGAAAUUUUGAUCGACUGAGUAAAUUGAAAGACGGUUAUAUUUCAUUUAACGAUUUCUUACUCACAAGUAAAAACCGUGAAACUGCUUUUGAUUUUGUACAACAAACUGCGGCAAAUCCCGAUUUCGUGGCGAUUCUGUUUGUAAUGACGGUUGACCCGAGUAAAUCCACAAUACCGUUUGCAUCGAUUACUGAUGUCGGUUAUUUCGAUACGCAGGACGAAGUUCUUUUUCCGUUGCAAAGUGUGUUUCGACUUGACGGUAUCGAAGUACUCGACACGGACAAGCACAUUUAUGAAGUGCGAGUAACUCUGACAAAUGACAGUGACGAAAAUAUACGUAAACUUGUUAAUCGUGUUCGAGAAGAAACCUUUCCUGAACAAGUCGGAUGGGCCAGAUUUGGUCAAUUACUACUUAAAAUGAAUCAACUAAAGAAAUCUGAAGAAUUGUACGAAAUUUUACUCGACCAAACGACGUACGAAGCCGAAAAGAUAUCGAUAUAUUACCAGCUGGGCUGGCUGAAACAUCAGCAACGCGACUAUCAAGCGGCAUUAACAUUCUACGAACAAUCGCUCGAUAUCGCUCAAGAAACUUUGCCUCCGAAUCAUAUCAGUUUGGCUUCGUCUCAUACAAACAUUGGAGCAGUGAAUUACAGUAUGGGCAAUUAUCCGAAAGCACUAUCGUCGUACGAAAAGGCACUUGAAAUCCGACAGAAGUCACUUUCUGCGGAUCAUAUCGAUUUGGCCAGUUCAUAUCAUGAUGUUGGUAUGACUUACAAUAGUAUGAAUGAUUUUUCAGAGGCGCUCUCGUCCUAUGAACGAGCUCUACAAAUUCGACAGAAGUCACUUCCAUCCAAUCAUCCGGAUCUCAUUACCACUUACAAUAAUAUAGGUCUCAUCAAUUACAACAUGGGAAAUUAUUCGAAAGCGAUUGCGGCGUACGAAAAAGCGUUUCAAAGCCAAGAACAAUCACUGCCAGUGAAUCAUCCUAAUCGAGCUAUCUAUUACAAUAAUAUCGGCAUGGUUUACAACAACAUGGGCGAUUAUGCAAAUGCACUUGCAUCAUACGAAAAAGCGCUUCACAUCCGACAGCAAACACUUGCCUCUAACCAUCCGGAGUUAGCUGUUCCGUACAACAACGUCGGUAUGGUGCAAUACACUUUGGGUAACUACGCUAAAGCUCUCGCAUCGUAUGAGAAAGUGCUCGAAAUUCACCAACAAAAUCUUCCAUCCAAUCAUUCCGAUCUCGGUGAUUCUUAUAAUAACAUCGGCAUGGUGUAUUUCACCAUGGCAAACUAUCCAAAAGCGCUAUCGUACUAUCAAAAAUCACUCGAGAUUAAACAGCAAUCGUUACCACCAGGCCAUUUAAGUUUGGGCACUACGUAUAAUAAUCUCGGUAUGGCUUAUAUGAAUAUGGGUGAACAUCGGAAAGCACUUUCAGCUCAUGAAAAUGCUCUACAGAUUCGACAACAAUCCCUCCCUUCUACUCAUUCUGAUUUAGCUAUGUCUCUGGGACAUAUUGGCAACGUGUACCACAGUAUGGGCGAGCAUAAGAAAGCGCUUUCGUAUUGCCAACGCGCUGUUGAGAUAGCUCAUCAGACAUUACCGUCGCAACAUCCGCAUGUCCAAUGGUAUAGGAAAAUUCUUCAAGAUGUCGAAAAACAACUGUGA